AUUCAACCUACCAAUACAAUGAUUCGGGAGGAGUUUCAGGACUAGCCUGUUUCCUUGUCUUACCACAUCUCUGAUGCAAGGAUUACUUCUCCGUACUUGCUUGCCAUUGAUUUUAAACGCUACCAUCCAAGGCAAGUUGAAUUUGAGGGGGGCGGGUCUAGACCGUCCCCCUUUGUAAGUAAGCCUCUCGGCAAGUAUCCACAUGCCAGGUCUGCAGCUGUCAGCCCUAUUCUGUUGGCUCAGAGCCCUUUGGCGGAGCCUGGUUGGAGAGAGGGGUAAAGAGAUUGCAAAUGAAGACAGACGCCACCAAAAUGUUUCUGGUAGACCCAGUUUUAGAAUUGUGCUCUAUGACCUACUUGUGUCUAGCACUGGAAGCCGACGGGCUAGUUUAUCAAGUCAGCCCCCUCCCCGCUCCUCUCAGCAGAGGGUUUGGCUUCAUUCCUCACUUUUAAACAUUGAGAUCAUCCAUUUUAAUCACCAAUCGAUAUUGCAUGUGUCGUUUGUACAUAAUUGUUUGCUUGUCUCCUUCGUGAUUCUAGGAUCCUUGAGAGCAGGGAGAGAGGUUUGUUGUUGUUUUUUUUUUGGUGGAGAGGCAAGAGGCAUUGUCUUGUCCCGCCCCGCCCCGGCCCGCCUUGGACCGCCCUGGACCGCCCCGCUCCGGCCCAGUUGUUGCUUUCUGCACCGCCGACCAGAGGCGGCGCUCUGGGCUCUGGACUCUCUCUGGGUUCUCGUUGCUCCCCGGCCCGCGCCUGCGCAGUGCCCCGCCUUCCGCGCGCAACCGCCGUGGGUUGCUAGCUGGCAGGCCAGAGGAAUCUGAGAGGUUAGUUCUAUGCAUUUAGACCCGGCCCGGAAGAGAAGAGAAGAUGGUGCUGGAUUUAGAUCUGUUUCGAGUCGAUAAAGGAGGAGAUCCGGCGCUAGUCCGGGAAACUCAAGAGAAGCGGUUCAAGGACCCGGGGCUGGUGGACCAGCUGGUGCGGGCGGACAGCGAGUGGCGGCGAUGCAGAUUUCGGGCAGACAACUUGAACAAGCUAAAGAACCUAUGCAGCAAGACAAUUGGAGAAAAAAUGAAGAAGAAAGAGCCUGUGGGGGAUAACGAAUCCUUACCGGAGAGUGUGUUGAAGCUUGAUGAUCUGACUGCAGAAACUUUAGCAGGUCUGAAAGUCACACAGAUAAAAAAAGUCCGACUCCUCAUUGAUGAAGCCAUCAUCAAAUGCGAUGCUGAGAGGAUGCAGUUGGAAGCAGAGCGAUUUGAAAGCCUCCGAGAGAUUGGGAACCUCCUGCAUCCCUCAGUGCCUAUCAGUAAUGAUGAGGAUGCUGACAACAAAGUAGAGAGGAUUUGGGGUGAUUGUACUGUGAGAAAGAAGUAUUCCCAUGUGGACCUGGUGGUGAUGGUGGAUGGCUUUGAAGGUGAAAAAGGAGCAGUGGUGGCUGGGAGCCGAGGCUACUUCCUGAAGGGAGUCCUGGUGUUCUUGGAGCAGGCCCUUAUUCAGCUAGCCCUUCGAACCCUUAGCAGCAGGGGCUACACCCCUAUCUACACGCCCUUCUUCAUGAGAAAAGAAGUGAUGCAGGAGGUGGCACAGCUCAGCCAGUUUGAUGAGGAACUGUACAAGGUGAUUGGCAAAGGCAGUGAAAAAUCUGACGAUAGUUCUUAUGAUGAGAAAUAUUUGAUUGCCACCUCAGAACAACCUAUUGCCGCCCUCCAUCGGGAUGAGUGGCUUCGACCAGAGGACUUGCCCAUCAAGUAUGCUGGCUUUUCUACCUGCUUCCGCCAGGAGGUGGGCUCCCAUGGUCGUGACACCCGUGGCAUCUUUCGGGUUCAUCAGUUUGAGAAGAUUGAACAAUUUGUCUAUGCGUCACCACAUGACAACAAAUCGUGGGAGAUGUUUGAAGAGAUGAUCAGCACUGCCGAAGAGUUCUACCAGGCCCUGGGCAUCCCUUACCACAUUGUGAAUAUUGUCUCAGGCUCCUUGAACCAUGCAGCCAGUAAGAAGCUGGACCUGGAGGCCUGGUUCCCUGGCUCAGGAGCCUUCCGUGAAUUGGUCUCCUGUUCCAACUGCACAGACUAUCAGGCUCGUCGACUCCGCAUCCGCUAUGGACAGACUAAGAAGAUGAUGGAUAAGGUGGAAUUUGUUCAUAUGCUCAAUGCCACAAUGUGUGCCACUACUCGCACCAUCUGCGCCAUCCUAGAAAACUACCAGACAGAGAAGGGUAUCAUUGUGCCCGAAAAAUUAAAGGAAUUCAUGCCACCAGGUCUUCAAGAAUUGAUCCCUUUUGUGAAACCGGCCCCAAUUGACCAGGAACCAUCUAAGAAACAAAAGAAACAACAUGAGGGUGGCAAAAAGAAAAUUCCUGCAGAUGUGGCCCUGGAAGGUCGGCUGCAGAACAUGGAAGUCACUGAUGCCUGAAUCUAGCCUCCUCAACUCCCCUUUCUUUCAUCUCUGCUAGCCUGGAACCCCAGGACCCUGCCCAGGGACAGUGGAACCAAACACCCAUCCAUUGCCCCCCUCUCCCCUCCUUCCUUCUGUCUCUGAAGCUAAAAGAGAACCAAUCUGCUCUCACAACGCACCUGCCUCUGCCCAGACAUAGGAUUUUAUCCCAGAUGACUGAUAAAACCUGUAAUAAAGAAUCUGUGGAAGGCCCAGUGCUUCCUCAGUCUCCCUCAUA